GUGUGACGAGAGAUAGAAAGAUUGAGAAUGACCACACGUUACCUGCUCCUCUCUGUCCUCAACUGACACUGGACCACACCCCCACUGCCACAGUGAGAGGUAGAAAAGGGGAGUGUGACUGAGUGUGUGUGUGUGUGUGUGUGUGGGCAUUGGUAUGGGUAUGGGCAUGGGCAUGGGUAUGGGUGUGAUGGCAGUAAGGUGUACAACUUGGAACAGUUCUCUGGCUCGAUCUCUAGCCAUGUUGGAAGGACCAGGCCAGGUAAGAGCCUGCCACAGUGGAAGCAUGCCUGUUGCCAAAGAGACACUAUUUCCAGCAAGCAGCUCCACUGUCAAGCCCUUCAAUGAGAUUCCUGGAAUGUGGAAGAACAGUGUAGGGAAUCUCUACACCUUCUGGAAACUGGAUGGAUUCAAGAACAUCCAUCACAUAAUGGUGCAUAACUUCAACACAUUUGGGCCCAUUUACAGGGAGAAAAUCGGGUACUAUGAAAGUGUUAAUAUUAUCAACCCUGAGGAUGCUGCUAUCUUAUUCAAAGCAGAAGGUCACUACCCUAAAAGGCUCAGAGUGGAACCUUGGACCUCCUAUAGAGAUUUUAGAAACCGCAAAUAUGGUGUUCUUCUGAAAGAUGGAGAGGACUGGCGAUCCAACAGAGUCAUUCUGAACCGGGAGGUAAUCUCGCCAAAGGUGCAGGGGAACUUUGUGCCAUUGCUGGAUGAGGUUGGCCAGGACUUUGUUGCUCGAGUUUAUAAAAAGAUUCAAAGAAGUGGACAGAACAAAUGGACCACAGAUCUGUCCCAUGAACUCUUCAAGUAUGCACUAGAAUCUGUGAGUGCAGUAUUAUAUGGUGAACGUCUGGGGCUGCUGUUGGACUACAUUGAUCCAGAGGCUCAGCAUUUUAUUGACUGCAUCACUCUCAUGUUUAAGACCACCUGUCCCAUGCUGUACAUCCCCCCUUCCAUGUUACGGCGGCUUGGAGCCAAAGUUUGGAAAGAUCAUGUGGAAGCAUGGGAUGGUAUUUUCAACCAGGCGGACCACUGUAUUCAGAACAUCUACAGACAGCUGAGGAAGGAAUCUGGAGAACAGAACAAAUAUCCCGGGGUGCUGGCCAGCCUUCUCAUGCUUGACCGACUGUCCAUUGAGGAAAUCAAGGCUAGUGUGACUGAGCUGAUGGCUGGAGGGGUGGACACGACAUCUAUCACCCUCCUCUGGACUCUCUACGAAUUGGCACGGCACCCCGACCUCCAAGAGGAGCUGAGGGCAGAGAUCAUUGCCGCUCGCGCUGCCUCACAGGGAGACACAGUGCAGAUGCUCAAAAUGGUGCCACUGCUCAAAGGUGCUCUAAAAGAGACACUCAGGCUACACCCUGUAGCAGUAAGCCUGCAAAGAUACCUCACUCAAGAUGUUGUGAUCCAAAAUUACCAUAUUCCAUCUGGGACAUUAGUGCAGCUGGGACUGUAUGCCAUGGGCAGGGACUAUCGCAUCUUCUCCAAACCAGAGCAGUACCUGCCUUCUCGCUGGCUGAGGAAUGAGAGUCACUACUUCAGGAGUUUGGGCUUUGGAUUUGGGCCUCGUCAAUGCCUUGGGCGCAGAAUUGCAGAGACAGAGAUGCAGCUCUUCCUCAUCCAUAUGUUGGAGAAUUUCAAGAUUGAGAAGCAGAGACAGCUAGAAGUGAGGAGCACGUUUGAGCUUAUACUUGUCCCUGAGAAACCCAUUCUGUUAACUAUAAAGCCUCUACACAGCAGUAAAUGACAAACUCCUUCCAAAAGCUUUCACAUGAACUGUGGUCAAGGUUGUGUACUGACCAGUGGCACGUAAUGCAAGGUUGAUGCACGAGCAAAUCCAUGAGUGUAUUCACUGAGUCUGGUCAACAUGUCCUGCUUUUCUUUCCCCCACUGCCUGGCAUUCUCCUCCAGCUACAAAACAACACAACACAACACUGACUCAGCUCUCUGAAGAUGGAAUUUUUUACAUUUGCGUAUUCAUUAAAGUGAUCUACUCUUUAGAGAAACACACCUGUUUGCCCAAAACACGGAUGCAUGCCUCUGCUCUCUCUAGCUGUUCUAACAGUCUGAGCUUCUCACUGUCUGCAAAAGGCUGAUGGAUUUGAAUAGAAGAACACAUACAACAUAUUCCCUUAUUAAUGGACUUAGGGGGUUAACCCUUAUUUUCUGAGAGUUCUUGAGGUAUUUUGCAGUAAUGGCAUGAUGUAUUUUAACGAUAUAAAUUAAUCUCAGUUGCCCAAGACAUCUGUCAGACACUGUAGUAAUGAAAAUGUUUUACUGAGAGUCCAGUUAUUUUUACUUCAUGGAUUUGACUAACUGCUUUGCCUGUGUAAUGAUAGACGAUUUGUGACACUGUAUUCUUGUACUCUUGUAAUCUUUGUAUAGCCUAAUUUUAAAGGAGUAUAAUCAACUGACCAUAUCUACUAUAUUUAGAUUUUGACAUUAGCACUAACUAAUCUGAAUGUACAAUCUGAACAAUGUUCCUUGACUUCAGUAUAUAUGUCUGUGUACUUUAUUUAUUAAAUCAUUUUGGGCCAAA